GCCUGUCAGAGAAGAGCGUAGAGAAGAUUGUAGCUAAGCAGGCAGCGCUAGGCUGGUCGGCUGCUCUCUGUCCAAUAACUCACUGCUUUGGACCAGAGCUGGAGAUGGCCCUGAACACGGAGCAGGAGGAGAAGAGGCUGCUGAGGGAGCAGAUCCUCAACCUGGAGGCGGCCAAACAGGCUGAAAUCUCCAAACUGCAGGACGAGAUAACAAAGCUCUCUGACAAGUUAAAGAAAAAACAGGAGAGUUUUCAGCGUCUGCAGGGGGAGAAGGAGGCUCUGUACAACGACAGCAGGACGAAGAUUGAUGAGAUCAACCAGCGGAAAGAAGAGGAGCUGAAGGCCACCAACAUCCGCAUCCAGAAGCUGCAGUCAGACGUCGUCGCAGCCAAUCAGAUGACAGCUGAGCUGAGAGAGCAGCUGCAGAGCGAAGAGAAAGAACACGAAGUGGCUCUGCACACCCUAAAAGACCAGGUAGCCAAUCAGAGUGCAGUCAGUCAGGAGCAGGUGGACAGCAUCCUGCAGGAGAACGAUGCUCUCAGGACCAACCUAGCUGCUCUAGAACAGAUCCAGACGGUGAAGACGCAGGAGAUGAAUCUGUUGCGUGAGCAGCAGGAGGCGCUGAGCGUGGAGCUGCAGCAGAGACGGGUGGAGCAGGAGACCCUGCUGGCUCAGAGGGAUGACCUGGACUCCCAGCUCCAGGAGUCCAGUUUUGCCAACAGGAAGUUGUUGGAGCAGUUAACAGAAGAAGGACAAGAGAAGGAGAAACUGCUGAGAGAUCUGGACGAGGCCAAGAAGACAGCAGAGAAGAGGAAGGCCAUGCUGGAUGACAUGGCCAUGCAGCUGAACCAGGAGAAGUCUGACCACAAGGAGGCGCUGUCAGACCUCAAACUGCAGCACGAGAAGGAGGUCCUCGGCGUGAGGGCUCGGUACGAGAAGGAGCUCCGAGGCCUCCACGAAGACAAGAAUCGCUCUGAGGAGGAGAUCCGGCAGCAGCUUCGAGAUGAAAAGGCCCGGUCCAAAGGGCUGGAGGGUCUCCAGCCGCGGGUGGAGGAGCUGCAGGCUCAGGUUCUGUCCAUGGAGGGAACCAAAGGAUGGUUUGAGAGACGGCUGAAGGAGGCUGAGGAGAACAUCGAGAAGAACUCUCUGGAACAUCAGGAGGAGAUCGAGAAGCUGCGGAGUGAACACACACUUCAGCUGGAGGAGAAGCAGUGUGAGGUGGAGGUGGUGCAGCAGCAGCUGGUGGAGGUGGAGAAACAGAAGGAAGAACUCAACGAGAGCAUCAGGAAACUCCAACAGGAGAUCAAGGACACCGUGGAUGGGCAGAGGAUUUUAGAGAAGAAGGGAAGUGCAGCGCUGAAGGACUUGAAGCGGCAGUUGCAGCUGGAGAGGAAAAGAGCCGACAAACUGCAGGAGAGACUCCAGGAGAUUCUGACCAACAGCAAGACCAGGACCGGUCUGGAGGAGCUGGUUCUGUCAGAGAUCAACAGUCCCAGUCGGACCCAGCCGACUGGAGACUCGUCCUCCGUCUCCUCCUUCUCCUACAGAGACAUGAUGAAGGAGACUCAGCCGACCAAUCAGAACAAGUCUGGAGGAGGCAGCCCCCAGUCUCAGCGUCCUGCUGAAUUAUCUGAUGACGAGGUCGGGGAGUUGUUCCAGCGCCUCGCCGAGGUCCAGCAGGAGAAAUGGAUGCUGGAGGAGAAGGUGAAACAUCUGGAGGUCAGCUGUUCGUCGAUGGCUGAAGAUAUCCGCAGGAAGAGCGCCAUCAUAGAGACCUACGUGAUGGACAGCCGCAGAGAUGUGUCGGGCACUGCUGUCGGGGCUCACGGGGGCUCUCAGGGCGACAGAGGAGGUCUGGGCUCGGUCCUCAGAGAUCUGGUAAAACCGGGAGACGAGAACCUGCGAGAGAUGAACAAGAAGCUGCAGAACAUGUUGGAGGAGCAGCUGACCAAGAACAUGCACCUGCAGAAGGACCUGGAGGUUUUGUCCCAGGAAUUAGUCCGUCUCAGUAAAGAGAGCAGUCCUGGCGGCAGCGCAGCUGGGUCGGGAUGAGCCUAUGGCCUGGAUCCAUCCAUCCAUUCCUUUCCUUCUCACUACUUUAAUUCACCUCAAGCUGAAAGAUGCCUGCUGGGCCUAGACUAACACCUGGAAAACAACAUUUCCUAUUUCCUGCGUUCAUAACCUCAGACCUUCCAUUCCCAGUCUGCUUGCUGGGCUACGACUAAACGCUGGAGUCUCUUGUUUCUCAAAGAAGAGAGGAAACCAUAAGUUUUAAAGGAUCAGAGGGAAUGGAAAAGUCAGGCCCAGUUCAUUUAUGUUGCUAUUGAAUGUACAGUAAUUAGACAGCACCACCCAGUUCCUCCAAGUCCUGGCUACAACCUGGAAAAAACACAUUGUAACAGACUUAUGAUUUCGUUUGUAACUGACUGUAAAUCCUGAUUCUACUGUCUGUCUGUCCGUCUGUCUGUUGGGUCCUGACUAUGUCCUGGAAAACACAUGCUCUGCAUUAUUUUUGUUUUUUGUUUUCUUUGUGCAGUAACUCUGUUGUGAUGUGGCUACUUCCUGGGCUUCCUGUCUGCAACAAAAUGCUUCAAUACUAAAUAACCCUCAGGCUCUGUCUAUGAACUGGAUCGCCAGUGAA